AUGUGGGUUUCCCCUGGGAAACAGAUUUGUUGCCACGAUUGUCCUCAGUGCUCUGAAGGAACAGUUUCAAAACUGAUGGAUGCAGACCAUUGCGACAAGUGCCCUGAGGACCAGCAUCCAAACAAGAACCACGACCACUGCAUUCCUAAGCAUAUUGUCUAUUUAGCUUAUGGAGAAUCCUUGGGAAUAAUUCUGGCUUCAUUUGCUCUGUUCCUUUCUCUGAUCACACUAGUGGUGAUGUGGAUCUUCAUUCAAAACCAGGAGACUCCCAUUGUCAAGGCCAACAACUGGAACAUCACCUGCACACUUCUCAUUUCCCUAUUGCUUUGCUUUCUGUGCUCCUUCCUAUUCAUUGGAAAGCCUGGCAAGGUGACCUGCCUUCUCCGUCAAACAGUCUUUGGGAUGGUCUUCUGUCUUGCUGUUUCUUGUGUCCUGGCAAAAACCAUCACUGUGGUUCUGGCCUUCAUGGCCACCAAGCCAGGAAACAGGAUGAGGAAAUGGGUGGGGAAGAGGCUGGCAGUAUCAGUCAUCAUCCUUUGCACUCUUAUUCAAACUGGCAUCUGUGCACUGUGGUUGGCAACCUCUCCUCCCUUCCCAGAGUUUGACAUGCAUUCACAGACUACCCAAAUCAUUGUGCAGUGCAAUGAAGGAUCAGCCGCCAUGUUUUAUACUGUCCUGGGCUACAUGGGUCUUCUGGCCAUCAUCAGCUUCACUGUGGCUUUCUUUGCCCGGAAGCUGCCUGAUACUUUCAAUGAAGCCAAGCUUAUCACCUUCAGUAUGUUAGUGUUCUGCAGUGUUUGGCUGUCCUUUGUCCCCACCUACUUGAGCACCAAAGGAAAAUACAUGGUGGCUGUGGAGAUCUUCUCCAUUUUAGCCUCUAGUGUGGGUUUGCUGGGCUGCAUCUUCUUCCCCAAAUUGUACAUUAUUGUACUGAGGCCUGAACUGAACAGUAGAGAUCAGCUUGUAAAGAAAAAGAAUCAUAUCUGA